CUUUGACUUCAUUGUGCACCAACACAUGCCAUGCAAUGUGUUAACAUGUUUUCAUGUGUUUGUAUUGCUGUUUUACACUCUCUUCAAUCCCACAGGUGGUUGGUGUGAGCGUAACAAGUGGCAGUGACCAGAUGGUGGCGCUACAUACUACCUCUCAGGAUGACUUUCUAGUGCACUUGCAGAGGGGUCAACUCAACCCAAAUCAGGACCGUGUAGGGGAGUUGGUGGGCAUCCUCACAGACCACUUUACACGAGUGAAGAACACUCCACUGCCCGUCAAAGUGUGCUCUACAGGACUCCAGGUACACAUGAGCGGAAAACCUAAGAGUAUCAUCGUCGAGACCAAACCCGGCCAGACCGUCGCAGACUUCAAGAAGAGUCGAACAGGAUUCACCUUACUGCUGCCCCAUCAGUAAAGCCAAGACUUAGGACAUAAAACAGUAUUUAGCCAUUCAGUCAUGACGGCACCGUAACUUCCAGAGAUUUCAAACAGGAUUGGAUAUGUUUGUACAUAAGCGGAACACACUUUUUUAUUUUCUCAAUCUGAAGCAAUGCACUUUUUUUUAUUAAAUAGAGUGCGGGCGGCUGUGAUGAUGUAUUUUUGUAGGCCAAACCAGAAGUUUGUAUCACCCAGGUUUCCUCGAUUUUUCCACUGGCUUUUGGAUUAUUGCAGAAAAUAAGCUUUGCGACCGACAGAAGUUUAUGAUUCUUACACACAAGUUAACACCACUUUUAUCAAUUUUGAGACCUUAAUACGACUGCCAGAAAUGAAAAAUGUAAUGUAGGCUAUAAAUGAAC